AUGGGAGUAGAGUUUGGAUCCUUCAACGGUAUCUGCCAAACCGCCGCACUCGUCAUCUGUCCGCUGGUUGGCUCGGAACAAGGAGUAGAGCCGACGUGCUACAGCAGGAAUGUCGAUAUUGGCGGAACACUGAUCUUCCAGCCUUCAACAUGUUUUGUGCACAUUGUUGCGAUAAUUAUGACUGCAAUCAUGAUAUACCACAUUCGUAGUAAAUAUACAGCUGUCGGCCGUAAAGAGAUCGUCACCUUUUUUUGGUUAUACAUGGUCAUCGAACUUCUCGCCAUCUUCUUGGACUCCGGCAUAAUACCAACCGCAAAUGCAGCAUACCCAUGGUUCGCCGCCGUGUACACGGGGCUGGUUGCAGCAGCUUAUACUUGUCUUCUCAUCAACGGGUUCGUUGGUUUCCAAUUCGCUGAAGAUGGCACCCCAUUGUCGCUUUGGUUCCUUCGUAUAUCCUGCCUUGUCGUAUUUGGUCUAUCCCUCUUCAUCGCAAUAGCGACGUUCCAGAAUAUCGCUGGAUUCGACUUCAAGAAGCCGAUCGGACUCUGGAUCAUCUACAUCCUUUGGCCGCUGAUCUGUACAGUGAUCUACAUUGUAUCGCAGCUGGUGCUUGUAUUCCGAACCCUGGAUGACCGGUGGCCCAUUGGCGAUAUCGUAUUUGGUACCGCCUUCUUCACUAUCGCCCAGGUCCUGCUCUUCGCGUUCAGUGUCACCAUAUGUGAUGCCAUCAAGCACUAUAUCGAUGGACUCUUCUUCUUUACGCUUUGCAUGCUCCUGAGCGUGAUGAUGGUGUACAAAUACUGGGACAGCAUCACUCGCGAAGACUUAGAAUUUUCCGUUGGUUCGAAGGCUGCUGUCUGGGAAGUGAAGGAUCCGCUUCUGGCAGGUGGAGGGGGGAUGGAUGAAGAAGACACGGCGAGCAAUUACCACGGAGGUGCCCCUGCGAGUUUGGUUGGUGGAGUUAGUGGGCAGCAGUUGUAUCAGAAGGGUGGCUAUGGAGGUGGCGGCGGAUAUGGUGCGGGUGGGCGAGGAUACCCCCCCUCGGCGGAACGUUACUGA